AUGAGAAGCCGCAGAGGAACAGGCUUCCCCUCAGCUUGCCCUCAGCCCGUUGCUGUUUCUCAAUGCUCUAACAUCACGCCACUAAUCAUUGAUGUAACACUUCCCCUUCUCCUGAGUACGAUCCAAGUGAUUCAAAAUUCCCCCAGUCAUUGUGGCUUUGCUGUGUGCCUUGGAUUUGCAAGAAAAACGAGCCCUAACGGUUCGAACAAGCGACAGACACAUAGGAUCGACCAGACGAAAGCUCAACAGAAACGGGAGAGCCGUCGAGCUGGAAACAAAAGGACAUGGUGGAGGAACACGGGUUGA